AUGAUGGCAACUGAAGCCACCCUCGCCGCCCCCGUUGAUGCUUCUGUCCAUUCUGACCCCAAGCUCACUAACGACGCUGAUAUCGACCCCCAAAAUGUCGGUCCCAAUCGCGCGAAACUGAACGGUAGUCCCGCCGUCGAUGACUUAGAAAAUAAGCACAUCACCGGUGUUGAAGAUCAACUCAAUUCAGCAGAUGUUAGUGUUAGUGGAGGGUCGGAUACAGAGGCAUCGCGGGCUGCGCGAGAUGGAGAAAAGGGACAUGGUAGGACGUCGUCGACCGUCAAGAAGCCCGCCACCUUCAAGGCUGUCUCGGUCAACAAGACAUUCCUAGCAUCCAAGGGUCCUGCCAUUUCCUCAGCGACCAAACCCGGCGAAAAGACAAACUCGACCUCGAUCCUGAGCUCCUCGCCAUCAGGGACCUCGACCCUGUCUUCACGACCGAGACUAGUCGCAAAGUCGGGCACUGGCACAGGUUCUUCACCGGGACUCAAAGCGGCUGCCAACGGCGCCAAACCUGCCGCUGGCCCUGACCCAAGCGCAGUAUGGAACAAGAAUCGACCUGUCCCAACUCCGGAACCCAAAAAGCUUACAGAUGAAGAACUUAAGAAAUAUGGCAUCCAUAUGGCAAGCCGUCUUGCCCCCGAAAGCGGACAGUCGGCACAGGGAAAUUGGGCAGAUAUAGAAGACGACGACGACGACUGGGCGCCCGAGACCAUCACCUGGACCGAUGGUACCAAGACCACCCUCCCUCAUCCCGACGAAGUACCUGCGCCGCCGCCGCCCGAGCCGACUCCUGCACCACCGAAAGAGAAGGUCAUUGAGAAACCGAAAUCUCCUGUACCACCGCCUCGAACCACCGCUUCGCCCUCGAUUAAGACUGGCGGGCUUGCAUCUGGCAAAGGGCUCAUCCUCAAGGCUGGGUCUGCCGAAAAGCCCACACUCGUCGCCAAACCACCUGCACCUCCGACGCCAGUCAAAUCGCCCUGGGCACCUCUGCCACCCGUCGAGAAGGCUCCUCCGCCAGUCAUCGCCGAGCCGCCUACUCCUCAGCAAAGCGCGAGAUAUCCCCCGAGAGACCACGCGACUAAUAACAAUGCCCCGCCCUACCAUGCCAAGGAGAUCGCUGCUGACGAUUUUAACCGAUCAGCUUGGAGAGAAGGUGGCCCCCCCGGCGGAAACCGAGAACUAUUCAACUCGCAAUCUGGGCGUUAUGAGCCGGUACCGGCCGAUCGAAGAGGCUCCUUCCGAUCUGACGUCCAUCCUAGGCAGCCGGCACUGUUACAACGCCCGUCCCAAUCCGAUCAUCCGGAGCCGUCUGCCGCUUUCCAAACGAGCAGGAACUCUGUGCCCGACGGUCCUAUGGGUAGGCGCCGUGGAUCUUCUGUUGCUAGCGGUGGUAGCGGAUCCUACUUGCAACGGCCAGGCAAGGGACAUGAGCUUCCGGGUCCUCCCCAGGACUUGCUGAGUGCUCGUAGAGGCUCUAUGGCUGGCUCGGUUGAAAGUCCCAUCUCCCCCAGGAACUUCUCGCCUUCCGGCUUGCAACAUGGUCCUCGGAUGCACGGCAACCAGCAGUGGCAACCUCGACCAUCUCCCGGAACCAACCAUGCCACCCUACACUCAGCUGGCCCUCAGACAGACGGAAGACCAGCUGCGCCGCCACCGAUGGCACGAUUGGAGGAGGAUCUCGAGAUGCAGAAGAAGGUCAUGCGUGAGAAACGCGAAUUAGCAAUGCAAAGGCGACGCGAAGAGGAGGCUCGUGAGGAAGCUGCGAGGAAAGCGCGCAUCGCGGCUAAGUUGGAAGCCAUGGGGCCAGCUCCGGAACGUAAAAGUGACAAGAAGGAGGCUUCGCCAGAGAGUUCCAACGCGGCCCCGGCACAGGCACAAUCUCGACAAGAUGGUUCUACUAACCAGGAAGCCGGUCAACAGCCGCCUGCCGCGAGUCCCGAUACAUCGGCUGUCCCGUCAACUCCAGCCAACGCUAAGGACAAGCCCUACGGCGAAAGGCCCGUUACCGCAGGCGGAGAACAUGCGAGACGACCAAGUGGCUCGGAGGCAAGGCAGCCCAACUCAUGGGUUGCACCUACGCCUCAACAAGAACGGCUUCCGACUUGGGGCGCGGCUGCGGCUGGCCCUCAGGCUCCUCGUAACGUCUGGGGAUCGCCUAACAAUGAUCGCGGACUGGGCAAUGGCACCUUUAAUACCGACUUGGGUCGUCUGCCAGAGCCUCAAGCAGCAGGAAAGGGCCCGGCACCCAUCGCACCCCCCAGCUCGCAGCGAGCGCAGGUUCAGAUUCCACCAGUCCCCCAGGGUCGUCCCACUACGGGCAAUGCUCGCGAAGUGAAUGAGAUGAGAAAUAGAUGGGCUCACUCGGUUCUAGAAGGGGACAAGAUCGUACUCGACGAGAAGAGGUCGCAGCGCCUCGAGCGUGAUCGAAGUUUGGUGGAGCGCGGGCUCACUAUUGAACAAGCUCAAGCCACGAUUAAAGAUACUUGGCGCCCAUCUGGAGACGGAAGACGCGAUCCUGCACACGUUAUUCACCACGAUGCUGCUCGCGCUGCUGGCUCUGCUGACCACUCAUCUGUACUGCCUCCUACAGGACCGUCAGCCGCCACUCAGUCACGAAGUUCCUCCAGAUUCUUCCCUCCCAAGGACAACAGACAUGAUUCCUCGGCUUCUCAUGCAGAACCGUCGAGGCCUAACUCACCUUCUCCGCCGCCCCCGGAUAUGCUUGGCCACCCGGCCUUCGAUGGAGACGCCAUGCACCCUCACGUAUCUCUUCCCCGGCCGCAUCCCGUUGUCAAGUUACCACCUUCAGCUGCGGCGGCGCAGUCAGCGGCACCGAGAGCCACGGGGCCAUUUGCUUGGGCAACGCCAGCCGGCUACAAAGAUGUUCCGGGAGCUCAUGAUCGCGGACCUUACCAGCAGAACCACGUGUCCCAGCGAUCGCAAGAUUCAGCAGGAAACGAAAAUUGGCAAGAUAGGAUCAACAACCUACUCACGGGACGAAAGCCAAACUCUCCGCCAAAGGCACCCGGUGUCGAGCCUGUCACUAAAAGUGCUCUCGACUAUUCUGGUCACUACAACCCGGCUACCGUCUCUCUACCUCGCUCAGCUACCCAGAACUUGUCAGACGAUGUGAAGUCUUUCACUACAAAGCCACCGGCUGAGGAAUGCUUCGAGGAGCAGGAAAUGGGGUCGCUUCCACGCAUUCAUCUUCCCCAUAAGACCCCGGAGGCUGCAUGGCAACCUGCUGCCGCCCCCAUCAAGCCUCUGCCGAGGCGCUUCUGGGUUUCCGAUAUUGAGACUGUUCGCUCCUUAUGGUUCCCCCAUGAGAUGUCGACUAGCGGCAGUGUUUACCGCAUUCUUCUUCCCGGUAUGGGUGAUGCCAGGACUGUUCCGCUUCCUUUCUCUCGAUCAGGAAGCAAUCCGCGACGGUCCAGCGGGCGCGGUGGUGGGCAGCGCGGAUCGGGCCCGAAUCAUCGUGGCGGCAAGGGACGGGAGCCUUCGUACUCUGGUGAAGCAAGCAGUUCGACACCUCCCCCCAGCCGAGGAGGUCGCGGUGGCUACCGCGGACGCGGGUCCGAGAACUGGUCCCGCAGGACUACGCCCACGCAGGCAGCCUAG